GGCUCGCCUCGCCCUGGUAUCUCCUAAUCCCAUAACUUCACUGCCCUGAAAUCUGAGUCUUCCACCGAGAUAAUAUGAUAGGAACUUUCAGUGGUUUGGAGCCGUUUCCUACUUAGACUCAUGCGCGCGCGCCCUCCAGAUCUCCCGAGAGCUUGGUGCAGAGCACACGCUGCUUGCUGAUCGCUCGGGCAACAAUGCCAUCUCUGCCUCAAGAAAGAGUUAUUCAGGGACCCUCUCCCUUGGAUCUGAAUACAGAAUUGCCCUAUGAAAGCACAAUGAAAAGGAAAGUCAGAAAGAAGAAAAAGAAAGAAACAAUUACAGCAAAUGUUGCUGGGACAAAGUUUGAAAUUGUUCGUUUAGUAAUAGAUGAAAUGGGAUUUAUGAAGGCUCCAGAUGAAGAUGAAACGAGUAACCUUAUAUGGUGUGACUCUGCAGUUCAGCAGGAGAAGAUCGCAGAGCUCCAAAACUACCAGAGGAUCAACCAUUUUCCAGGAAUGGGGGAGAUCUGUAGGAAGGAUUUCUUAGCAAGAAAUAUGACUAAAAUGAUCAAGUCCCGGCCUCUGGAUUAUACCUUUAUUCCUCGAACAUGGAUCUUCCCUGCUGAAUAUACUCAAUUCCAGAACUAUAUGAAAGAAUUGAAGAAAAAAAGGAAGCAGAAAACUUUCAUAGUAAAACCAGCUAAUGGUGCAAUGGGUCAUGGGAUUUCUUUGAUAAGAAAUGGUGACAAACUUCCAUCUCAGGAUCAUUUGAUUGUUCAAGAAUACAUUGACAAGCCUUUCUUAAUGGAAGGUUACAAGUUUGAUUUACGAAUUUAUAUUUUGGUAACAUCAUGUGAUCCACUAAAAAUAUUUCUCUACCACGAUGGACUUGUGCGAAUGGGAACAGAGAAGUACAUUCCACCUAAUGAGUCCAAUUUGACCCAGUUAUACAUGCAUCUGACAAACUACUCCGUGAACAAGCACAAUGAGCAUUUUGAAAGGGAUGAAACUGAGAACAGAGGCAGCAAACGCUCCAUCAAAUGGUUUACAGAAUUCCUGCAAGCAAAUCAACACGAUGUGGCCAAGUUUUGGAGUGACAUUUCAGAAUUGGUUGUUAAGACGCUGAUUGUGGCGGAACCUCAUGUCCUUCACGCAUAUCGGAUGUGCAGACCUGGGCAGCCUCCGGGAAGCGAAAGUGUGUGCUUUGAAGUCCUGGGAUUUGAUAUUUUGUUGGACAGAAAACUAAAGCCAUGGCUUCUGGAGAUCAAUCGAGCUCCAAGCUUUGGAACUGAUCAGAAAAUAGACUAUGAUGUAAAAAGAGGAGUGUUGCUAAAUGCGUUGAAGCUGCUAAACAUCAGGACCAGUGAUAAAAGGAGAAACUUGGCCAAACAAAAAGCUGAGGCUCAAAGGAGGCUUUACGGUCAAAAUUCAAUAAAAAGGCUCUUACCAGGCUCCUCAGACUGGGAACAGCAGAGACAUCAGCUGGAGAGGCGGAAAGAAGAGUUGAAAGAGAGACUUGCUCAAGUACGAAAGCAGAUCUCUAAAGAAGAACAUGAAAACCGACAUAUGGGGAAUUACAGACGAAUUUACCCUCCUGAAGACAAAACGCUCCUUGAAAAGUAUGAAAGUUUGUUGGCCGCUGCCUUUCAGACCUUUCUUUCAGGAAGAGCCGCUUCGUUCCAGCGAGAGCUGAAUAAUCCUUUGAAAAGAAUGAAGGAGGAAGAUAUUUUGGAUCUUCUGGAACAAUGUGAAAUUGAUGAUGAAAAGCUGACGGGCAAGACUGCCAGGCCUCGAGGACCAAAGCCUCUGUGUUCCAUGCCCGAGAGCACGGAGGCGAUGAGGAGACAGAAAUACUGCAGCAGCGACAGCAGCUACGAGAGCAGCAGCAGCGCCUCGGAGUCGGAUGAGCACGGGAAAGACGACUACCAGAAUAAGAAAAGAGAAAAGCAAGUUACUUAUAAUCUUAAACAGCCCAACCACUACAAACUAAUUCAACCAUCCAGCUCCAUAAGGCGUUCAUUCAGUUGCCCUCGGUCCAUCUCUUCUCAGUCACCUUCUAGUGUGGACAUCCGCCCCCUUUCUGCUCAGCAUCUGAUGUCAGCGUCCCGGCGAGCUUCAGUGUCUCGGUCGCAUUCCCUAAACCGGGCUUCCACCUACGCAAGGCACCUGCCUCCUGGUAACGAUGCCGGCUCUGCUAACUCUCAGAUGAGUGAGUCUUUGCAGCAAUCGAGAACAAGAGAAGACGAUGAAGAUCUAACAAGUCAGACCUUGUUUGUUCUCAAGGACAUGAAGAUCCGGUUUCCAGGAAAAUCAGAUGCAGAAUCACUACUUAUGGUAGAAGAUAUCAUUGAUAACUGGAAGUAUCAUAAAACAAAAGUGGCUUCAUAUUGGCUGAUAAAAUUGGACUCUGCAAAACAACGAAAAGUUUUGGACAUAGUAAAAACAAGUAUUCGCACAGUUCUUCCACGCAUCUGGAAGGGAACUGAUGUCGAUGAACUACAUUUGUAUCGGAUUUUUAACCGGGUUUUUAAUCGUUUACUAUGGAGUCAUGGCCAAGGACUGUGGAACUGUUUCUGUGAUUCAGGAUCCUCUUGGGAGAGUGUUUUCAGUAAAAGCCCGGAGGUGACUCCUUUGCAGCUCCAGUGUUGCCAGCGCCUGGUGGAACUGUGUAAACAGUGCCUGCUAGUGGUUUACAAAUACGCAAACGACUCAAGAGGAUCACUCUCAGGCAUUGGUACCGAUUGGGGUAAUUCCAGGUAUUUACUACCAGGAUGUACACAGUUCUUCAUGAGAUCACCAACCUACAACUUGAAAUACAGUUCACCUGGAAUGACUGGCUCCAAUGUUUUGUUUACAUCCCGAUAUGGCCAUUUGUGAAAUAGAAGGGAAGAUUGCCAUGGGUUAUGCAUAAUAGCAAUUCAUUUCCCCCCUAAUUUAAACAUGCAAAGAAGGCAACAUUAAGUGCUGUUUUAUGUACAUAUAUGUGAAAUAUAUACACACAUGCACUCAAAUAACAUGUAUAUUUAUUAUAAUAUAUGAAAGAAGAAUUAGCAGAAAACUUGAUUAUAAGACUUAACCUUUCUGGAAAUGUAAUAAACCAUGUUAAUAUUGUUUACACAAA